GAGUACCCUCACUAUUUUUUUACAAUCGAUAGGAGACGGCGUCUUUUUGAAAGCGGGCUUCAUUUCAAAUUUUAUCAACAAUCAUUUUAAAUUUUUCGACUAGGCUCUAAUUUGUUUAGCGCGCUUCGUUAAUUGUGUUAAGUGUUAGUCCCCGUGUUGAUGGCUCUCGGGCGUCAUCAUUUAGUGUCUGUUUCGAUUUAGAGCAAGUGUUGUUCGUUGAAUAUUGCAAUGAGCGCUUUCGAGAUCACAGUGACGCCGUCGCGUCUGAAGCAAAAGAAGCGGGUGGAAGGACGCGAACCGGCGGCGGUGGUAAUGGCGCCCUUUUCGGCCAAGGCGAUUGUGCAGUUCGAGGAUGUGCCGGUGACCAAGACGGCCAGGCGUAUCGUCCGCGUCAUCAACCCUAGCGACGAUGACAUCGAGGUCAAGGUUACAAAGGGAGUCCGCGAGGAGCACAACCUCAGCAUUGAGUGGAUGGAGCACACUGUGCCCGCCCGCGACGAGGUUUCCAUGGAGCUGGUAUGGAGCCCACUCCUGGAGGUGGCCUGCAAGGAGACCCUGCAGCUGAUCGACGACAGAAAUUUCCGCAAGGAUGUCAUGAUCAUCCUCAAGUCUAAGAGCAACCAGCCCGUCAAGAACCCGCGCAAAUUUCCCACCGUGGGCAAGACCCUGCAACUGAAAUCGCCAACGGGCGCUGCCAAGAGCAUGAAAUCCGUUGCCGCAGCUGCUGUGCAGCAAAAAAAGCGCAUGUCCUCGGCGGCAGCAGGAGCGGUAGCUCCCUCGAAGCAAGCCUGGCGGUCCAGCACCGUAUCCUCGCGGCCAAGCCGUGCCAGUAUAGCUCCUACAGUUCCAGCUCCUCUAAUGGAGAAGAAUGUCUAUAACCCACCGGUAGAAGAACCUGUUUACAUCUCACCGCAACCAAGAAGUCUUAAAGAAAACCUGAGCCCCAUGACUCCAGGAAAUCUGCUCAACGUAAUUGAUAAUCUCAAGUUUACCCCGCUUACGGAAACUCGGGGAGUUGCACCGGAUGCUAUCAGGCCCGACAACCUUGCCGCAUGGCCCACGCCCAACCUGAAAGACGGUACCAAAUUAAGCGUCAGCGAGAUGCGACCGCGCCGCCUCAGUCCCGACGAACUGGAGGACCAGGUAGUCGCCGUUUCUAACAAAACUUUUGACGUGAAACAUUCCGAGACUAUGAAUUUGUCUGUAGACACUUUGGACUGCUCCCGAUCCGAACUGCUGAUACAGACACCCUCCGGAAUGGUGUUAAACAAAACCACCACCAUUGUCCACGCCACUCACGCGCGAGCUUUGGAAUGCAUUCACGAAGAGGAGGUCUCCUGCCCACCUAGAGCACCGUCCAAAGGCGCUAUCCAGGAUCUUAAAAGGGACAUCAAGAUGGUGGGCUCUCCACUGCGUAAAUAUUCCGAGUCCAUGAAGGAUUUGUCUCUGCUCUCACCCCAAACGAAGCUUGCAAUACAGGGGUCCAUGCCCAAUCUUAAUGAGAUGCAGCAAAUUCGCUCCAUCGAGCAAAACCGCUACUACCAAGACCAGCAUCCGCAGAUGAAACCCAAGUGCCUGAACAGCUCCUCCAGCAGUGAAACUAGUUUGGUGGGACAGCACGAUUUUCAUUUCAACCAAAAUGAAAUCCUGGCUCAGUCUAGUCGCUUCAAUCUCCACGAAGUGGGACGCAAGUCCAGAAAGGGAAGCCCGAGCAAAGAGAAGCAAGCCAAUUCGAAUCCUCACAAGCGACGUUCCCAUGAGUUGAGUUUUUCCGAUGCGCCCAGCACUGAAUCUCUGCACCGGAACGACCCAAUGGCGAUUUCUCCGCCCAAAAAGCAGAGAGUGGAGGACACUUCUUCGCGUAGAAGUCCAGCGCCAGCAAAUGCCUCUGCUCGAAGUGGUGGAACCCAUGCGUGGACGCACACCCAACCGAAAAAGUUUAAGCUGGCGCAAACAAUGUCGCUGAUGAAGAAAACAGCAACUCCCCGAAGUACUAGAAACACAUCGUUCACAGCCCCGGUGAAACUCUACGAUUCUGAGUUGUACAUGCAAACGUACAUCAAUCCCGAUCCCUUCGCUGCAACUACCACGGCAGACCCCUUCUUGGCGUCCACGAUGUAUCUGGACGAGCAGGCGGUGGAUCGGCACCAGGCAGACUUCAAGAAGUGGCUAAAUGCCUUGGUGUCCAUACCAGCUGACCUGGAUGCCGAUUCCAAUAGCAAAAUCGACGUGGGCAAGCUGUUCAACGAAGUGCGCAACAAGGAGCUUGUGGUGGCCCCCACCAAGGAGGAGCAAUCAAUGAAUUAUCUCACCAAGUACCGUCUGGAAACUCUUCGCAAAGCCGCAGUGGAGCUCUUCUUUAGCGAACAGAUGCGUCUGCCGUGCUCCAAGGUGGCCGUCUAUGUCAACAAGCAGGCUUUGCGCAUCCGGAGCGAUCGGAACCUGCACUUGGACGUGGUGAUGCAGCGUACAAUCCUUGAGCUGCUGCUUUGUUUCAAUCCGCUGUGGCUGCGCCUCGGACUGGAAGUUGUCUUCGGCGAGAAGAUCCAAAUGCAGUCGAACAGGGAUAUCAUAGGGCUGAGUACUUUCAUUCUCAAUCGCUUGUUCCGCAACAAGCUGGAGGAGCAACGUUACAGCAAGGCCUACACUCUCACGGAGGAGUACGCGGAGACGAUUAAGAAGCAUACGCUGCAGAAAAUCCUGUUUCUGUUGCUCUUCUUGGACCAGGCGAAACAUAAACGCAUCGUUAAGCACAAUCCUUGCCUCUUUGUGAAAAAAUCGCCGCACAAGGAAACCAAGGAUAUACUGUUGCGGUUCGCCUCGGAGCUCCUUGCCAACAUCGGGGAUAUAACACGUGAAAUGCGGCGCUUGGGAUACGUGCUCCAGCAUAAGCAGACGUUCCUGGACGAAUUCGACUACGCCUUCAAUAACUUGGCUGUCGAUUUAAGGGACGGCGUUCGUCUGACCCGUGUCAUGGAGGUCAUCCUCUUACGGGACGACCUAACCAAGCAGCUAAGAGUUCCUGCCAUAUCUCGUCUCCAACGCAUUUUUAAUGUAAAGCUGGCCUUGGGAGCCCUGAACGAAGCCAACUUUCAUUUGGGAGGCGAUAUAGCUGCGCCGGAUAUUGUUGAUGGCCACCGGGAGAAGACGCUUUCGCUGCUCUGGCAACUCAUAUACAAAUUCCGAUCGCCCAAAUUCCAUGCAGCCGCAGCUGUACUCCAGAAGUGGUGGCGCAAGCGUUGGCUCCAUGUCGUCAUUCAGCGUCGCAUCCGUCAAAAGGAACUCAUGCGCCGGCACAGGGCAGCCACUGUGAUACAGGCCGUAUUCCGCGGCCACCAGAUGCGCAAGUAUGCAAAGUUCUUCAAGGCGGAGCGCACCACGGCAGCUGUCGUCUUGCAGAAGUACACUAGGCGUUAUCUGGCCCAGAAGCAACUUUACCUCAGCUACCAUAGCAUUAUCAUGAUUCAGCGGUGGUGGCGUGCCCAGCAGCUGGGCAAGCAGGUGCGCCAAAGGUUCCUGGAAAUGCGCCAGGCAGCAGUGUUUCUUCAGCGCAUCUGGCGGCGUCGUCUCUUCGCCGAGAAGUUGCUUGCUGCAGCGGCCACAGCGAAGCUUCAGCGUUCCCAGAAGCAGCAGGCUGCCGCCAGUUACAUUCAAAUGCAAUGGCGAGCUCAUCGGUUGGGAAAGCUGCUGCGAAUGGAGUAUUUGCGCCAACGGGAACUCAUUCUAUUUGUCCAAAGCAGAUUGCGAGGCAAGUGGAUCAUGCAGAAGCAGCGUAAAGCCUUCCUCGAUCUAAGAAGUGCAGCUGUGAACGUGCAGCGCCGUUGGAGGGCUCAGUUGAUGAUGAGGAAGCAGAGAGCUGAUUUCCUGCAACUUCGUAUGAAUGUAAAGAAGAUUCAGGCUAUUCGCCGAGCCACCAUCCAGAUGAGACUGGACCGAAGCAAGUACCAGGCUACCAGAGAUAGUGCCAUUUUCAUCCAACGGCGUCUGAGGGCCACCUGGCAAAUGCGCGAGGAAAGGAAGAAGUACCACCAGCUGCGUGAGGCCACUCUUGUUAUUCAAAGGCGCUACCGCUUGCUGCGCCAGAUGCUCACGGAUCGCCAGGCGUACCUUGAAGCGCGACAGCGCAUCAUCCAUGUGCAGCGUCGCUGGAAGGCCACUUUGGAAAUGCGCCGGCAGCGAGAAGGUUAUCUGAAACUAAAGUCCACUGUCGUUUUUAUUCAAGCCAAGUACCGCGCCAAGCUCGAGAUGCAGAAGCGGCGGGAAGAGUUUCUUGGAUUAAAGAGAGCGACUCUACUCAUUCAGCGGCGCCGAAGAGGCCUUCUAAAAAUGCGAGAGGAGCGCCAACGAUUCGUAAAGGUACGCGAAUGUACUAUAAAGCUUCAACGACGAUUCCACGCCCAAAAGGCCAUGAGAUUCCUGCGGGCCAAGUAUCGCGGCACCUUAGCGGCAGUUACCUGCCUGCAAAUGCACUGGCGAGGAUAUCUCCGCAUGAAGCAGGAGAGAACGCGUUUCCUGGAGCAGCGUCGGGCGGCAGUCACACUGCAGCUUCGCUACCGCGCUCGUUUAGCAAUGAUACGCCAGAGGAACUCUUAUGCAAGGCUUAGACGAGCGGCUGUUACUAUUCAAAGGCGCUAUCGUGCCAAUACUGAGAUGCGCAAGCAACGGGACCUUUACCAAAGCCAACGAGUAAUGAUCAUCAAAGUGCAGCGACGGUAUCGGGGAAAACUUCAAACGAGGAAACAGAUGGAAGCGUACCACAAGCAGCGGGAUGCAGUCAUCCGCCUGCAGCAAUGGUGGCGCAGUCUGCGGGAGAUGAGACAACUAAGGUGCGGCUACCGCAGGAUGCGAGCCAGCUCCCUGAGCAUCCAACGCAACUGGAGGGCAACCGUGGCGGCACGUCGCCAGCGACAAGUCUUUCUUAACACCAUCGCCAAGGUGCGACUGAUGCAGCAAUUUAUCCGAGCCACUCUGCUGAUGCGAAAGCAACGCAGGCAGUUUGAACUGGAACGGAGGGCGGCUAUAGUGCUGCAGCGACGUUUCCGGGCCCGACACAAAAUGCAGCAGGCGCGCAAAGAAUUCCAACAACUUAGGUCGUCGGUGAUCCUGGUGCAGCAAAAAUUCCGUGCGUCCCGGUGCAUGCGAGAGCAUCGACAGGCAUUCGUAAAACUGCGCAACAUUACCAUCCAUCUGCAGCAAAAAUUCCGCGGGAAGCAGAUGAUGAUGGAGCAGCGGGCUCAUUUCCAGCUACUCAUUCGUACCGUUCCGGAGUUCCAAUCUCGAGUUCGAGGCUUCUUAGCACGGAAGCGGUUCCACGCCCUCAUGACGCCCGAGAUGAAGGAACUGAUCCGGCAAAAGCGCGCGGCAAAGGUGAUACAGCGCUACUGGCGGGGCUAUGUCAUCCGAAAGCGCCAACGGCAUCAGGGCCUCCUGGCCAUCAGACGUCGUAUUGUCCAGCUGCGGACAGAGGCCACUGCUGUCAAUUCUGUUCGCUGCAAGGUGCAGGAAGCGGUGCGAUUUCUCCGUGGGCGCUUUAUUGCUUCAGAUGCUUUGGCUGUGCUAAACCGCUUGGAUCGUUUAUCCCGCACCGUGCCUCACCUGCUGAUGUGGUGCUCGGAGUUCAUGUCCACGUUCUGCUAUGGAAUCAUGGCCCAAGCCAUUCGGUCGGAGGUGGACAAGCAGUUGAUCGAGCGCUGCAGCCGCAUUAUCCUCAACUUGGCGCGCUACAAUAGCACCACCGUCAACACAUUCCAGGAGGGCGGUCUGGUCACCAUUGCCCAGAUGCUGUUGCGCUGGUGCGACAAGGACAGCGAAAUAUUCAACACGCUCUGCACCCUCAUCUGGGUCUUCGCCCACUGUCCCAAGAAGCGAAAGAUCAUCCACGACUACAUGACCAACACAGAGGCCAUUUACAUGGUGCGCGAAACCAAGAAGCUGGUGGCCCGCAAGGAGAAAAUGAAGCAGAAUGCCCGCAAGCAUCCUCCCGCUCCCACGGGCCGCUACCAGACGCAGCCGAUGCCGAAUUUCUCUCAACGCGCGCUGCCCAGCUUGGAGCCGGACUUUGGCAUCAUCCGCUUCAGCCCCUACACGUUCAUCUCCUCCGUGUUCGCAUUCGACACAAUCCUCUGCAAGCUUCAGAUCGACAUGUUCUAGGUUAGAUUCCCUUCUAUGUUAAGUGUUUGAAACGUUUCUGUGUUGUGUUAGUCCAAUCUUAAGCAAAUUGUUGAAUCAAUCUGUUCUUUACGAACACCAACUGACCAUUAAGUAAGCUAAGCUAUCGUCGCGGUCUUACAUCUAAGGAACUAUGUACGUCCUAUUAACUUCUAUUAUUGUUUUUAUGUAACCUGACAGCUGAACUGAAAAAUAAAAUAAAAACACAAAUGUCAAAUGA